UACCUGGGUGUCGUCGAGCUGAUCACCAUGUCGUCGUCAAAGUCGAACACUCAGAGGGUAUUGCGGAGUACGCAGGGCCAGGAUCCAUCGCUCUACCGUCGAAUCGAUUAUUGCGAUGGGCAAAACAUUCGUGUUGUCGAAACUCGUCGUCGCCAGAAAAUGGUUGAGUGCACGACGUCCCUCCCGACACGUAGGAACCCAUCAUCAAGGCGAUCAUGCUCCUCAUCAUCGUCUGCAAUGCCAAACACCUCUCAGCCAGUAUCGAGCUCACCAUCGAUGAAUUGUCGAGAGGUGAAAGAGAAAUCCACCCUCGGUGAUCACGUGACGCUGUCUCAGUCGCACACCAAAGCGGUCGUCAUCCAGUCUUUCCACCCCAGCAAAGGGAGCAAGAGUAGUACAUCAACUCCAGGUGAUGUCGGGGGCCUCAUGACGCCUCCGUCGACGCCGAGACUGGAACGGCUACCCACACCUGACUUGGAUGAUCUUGAACAAAAUCCAUUCUGCGAUUGUUGUGUGGGAAUGCGUACCAUCAAGUACUGUGCUUCUUGUGGACAUGAUCUGGAUAUAUCGAGAUGA